GCUGAUCACAAGAAGAUGUUUCUGUGGCUCUUUCUGGUUCUGUCAUCUCCAGUUUCUUCUACAACUGCAGAUGCUGAUAUAUCUGUGGAAAUUUGCAAUGUUUGCUCCUGUGUGUCAGUUGAGAACGUACUCUAUGUCAACUGUGAGAAGGUCGCAGUCUACAGACCAAAUCAGCUUAAACCACCAUGGUCUAAUUUUUACCACCUCAACUUUCAAAACAAUCUGCUAAUUAUCCUAUAUCCAAAUACCUUUCUUAAUUUUACACAGGCAGUGUCCUUGCAACUGGGUAAUAAUAAGUUACAGAACAUUGAGGGAGGGGCCUUUAUGGGUCUUAGUGCAUUAAAACAGUUGCACUUGAACAACAAUGAAUUAAAGAUUCUCCGAGCUGACACUUUCCUUGGCAUAGAGAACUUGGAGUAUCUCCAAGCUGACUACAAUUUAAUCAAGUUUAUUGAACGGGGAGCCUUCAAUAAGCUUCACAAGCUGAAAGUCCUGAUCCUUAAUGACAAUCUGAUUUCAUUCCUUCCCGAUAACAUUUUUCGAUUUGCUUCUCUAACCCAUCUGGAUAUACGAGGCAAUCGAAUACAGAAGCUUCCAUACAUUGGAGUUCUGGAACACAUUGGGCGAAUUGUCGAAUUGCAGCUGGAAGACAACCCCUGGAAUUGUACUUGUGAUUUGUUGCCUUUGAAAGCGUGGCUGGAAAACAUGCCCUAUAACAUCUACAUUGGGGAAGCUAUCUGUGAAACACCCAGUGACUUGUAUGGAAGGCUGCUGAAAGAAACCAACAAGCAAGAGCUGUGCUCCAUGGGGACAGGGAGUGAUUUUGACGUGCGUAUUCUACCUCCCUCACAGCUGGAGCCCGGUUACAGCACACCGAAUGGCCACACCACUCAAACAUCCGUGCACAGAUUAGUCACAAAGCCGCCAAAGACUACAAAUCCUUCGAAGAUCUCGGGGAUAGUAGCAGGCAAAGCACUAUCUAAUCGCAAUCUCAGUCAAAUCGUAUCUUACCAGACCAGGGUGCCUCCUUUAACUCCUUGUCCAGUCCCCUGUGUUUGCAAAACGCACCCUUCGGACUUGGGAUUAAGUGUAAAUUGCCAAGAAAGAAAUAUAGAGUCAAUGGCCGAACUUGUACCAAAACCUUUAAAUGCCAAGAAACUGCAUGUAAAUGGCAAUUAUAUUAAGGAUGUGGACACUACAGAUUUCAUUGAGUUUGAGGGGCUGGAUUUGCUACAUUUAGGCAGCAAUCGGAUUUCAGUGAUCAAAGGAGAAGUUUUCCGCAACCUUACAAAUUUACGGAGAUUGUAUCUCAAUGGCAAUCAGAUAGAGCGUCUGAGCCCAGAAAUGUUUGCUGGCCUCCACAACUUGCAAUAUCUGUAUUUGGAAUACAAUGUUAUCAAAGAAAUCCUAGCAGGCACCUUUGACUUAAUGCCCAAUUUGCAGUUGCUCUACCUGAACAACAAUCUUCUACGAAGCUUGCCAGCGUACAUUUUUGCUGGUGCACCGCUUGCUAGGCUGAAUCUGAGGAACAAUCAUUUCAUGUAUUUACCUGUAAGUGGCGUUCUUGAUCAGCUAAAAUCUCUUACACAAAUUGAUUUGGAAGGUAAUCCAUGGGACUGCACUUGUGAUUUAGUUGCUUUAAAACUGUGGCUUGAAAAGCUAAAUGAAGGUAUUGUGGUGAAGGAGUUGAAAUGUGAAACACCUGUACAGUUUGCUAACAUUGAACUUAAGUCUCUGAAAAAUGAGAUCCUCUGUCCUAAACUUUUAAACAAGCCAUCUGCUCUGUUCACUAGUCCUAUGCCUGCUGUUACUUUUACAACACCACUGGGACCAGUUCGGAGUCCUCCUGGUGGCCCAGUUCCAUUGUCCAUCCUAAUCUUAAGCAUAUUAGUUGUGCUUAUUUUGACAGUGUUUGUUGCUUUUUGUCUUCUUGUUUUUGUGCUUCGGCGCAACAAAAAACCAACUGUAAAGCAUGAAGGGAUUGGAAAUCAAGAAUGCAGUUCUAUGCAGCUGCAGCUAAGAAAGCAUGAUCACAAGUCAAACAAAAAAGAUGGACUAGGUGCAGAGGCCUUCAUUCCUCAAACCAUUGAGCAGAUGAGCAAAAGUCAUACCUGUGGCUUAAAAGAGUCUGAAACGGGCUUCACAUUUGCUGACCCGCCAGGGCAGAAAGUCAUUCUGAGAAAUAUUAAUGACAAGGAGAAAGAUUUAUUGCAUGUGGAUACCAGAAAAAGACUUAGCACAAUCGAUGAACUGGAUGAGUUAUUCCCUGGGAGGGAUUCCAACGUAUUUAUUAAAAACUUUCUUGAAAGUAAAAAAGAAUACAACAGCAUAGGGGUCAGUGGCUUUGAAAUACGUUAUCCAGAGAAACAACAAGACAAAAAAACCAAGAAAUCUCUAAUAGGUGGUAAUCAUAGUAAAAUUGUAGUAGAACAAAGAAAAAGUGAGUAUUUUGAACUAAAAGCUAAACUUCAAGGUUCACCUGACUACCUACAAGUCCUUGAAGAACAAACAGCUUUGAACAAAAUAUAG